AUGUGAGGAAACAGGAGCGUCAGAGAUAGGAUACACCACACAGACAACCUCAAAAUCACGAUGCUUAUGCAUUUGCCCGUUUCGAUGGGGGAACCCACUUGUUUUACCUGUUUUUGUGCUUGGAUGGCUACAAAGCUUUGCAACCUCUCUGCUGCUCUCUCCAGCGAGAUGGAUGAGAUUUAGAAAACUACUGCAGUAGUCUCGAACCUGCUUUUUCCUUUUACUCUGCCUCACUUUGUCUUUUUCACACUUUCAUUAAGACUGUCAAGCUCUCUCUCUGCUGUUAAAAUGAAUGCAACAGAACAGGACUUUUUCUAAGUGUCAGUUAUUCAGUCAUUCAGUUGCAAGUUCAUUUCCUGGGGCCAUUUGGAUUAAACAGGAAGCCAUGUGGAACCAGUCGAGGUACUCAAACCACUACCAACCUCAGCCUGGUCACCCCUUUUACCAUUUACCCUACAGCCAUAACCAGAGGACGACAACAUUCAAACAUCCAGUGACAGGCCAGAUCUCCUCCGAGAACACUGAAUUCAGACUUCUGGACCAGACGGGCAUUCGCAUGCUGAAGCAGCCGCAGACGGCCGCACGGACUUCCAGCACCGUCAGUGAAGCCUCAACCAAUAUCACCUCCUCCACUGUGGACACCACUUCGGGGUCAAAGGGAUCUAGGUCCAGUGGAAGGGUCCAUAGCUUUGGCAAACGGGACAAUGCCAUAAAAAGAAAUCCCAGUGUUCCUGUGGUUGUUCGUGGAUGGCUUUACAAACAGGACAGCACAGGGAUGCGGUUGUGGAAGAGGAAAUGGUUUGUUCUGGCUGACUAUUGCCUCUUCUACUACAAAGACAGCCGUGAAGAGUCAGUGCUGGGUAGCAUCCCUCUGCCUAGUUACACUAUCUCUCCUGUGGGACCUGAAGAUCACAUAAGCCGCAAAUAUGCCUUCAAGGCUACACACACAGGAAUGCGCUCUUACAUUUACAAACAGAGCUCUGUGAUUGGCUCGCAGGCGGAGCACACUGGGAUGAGGACAUACUAUUUCAGUGUGGACACACAGGAGGACAUGAACGGCUGGGUCAGGGCCAUGAACCAGGCUGCACUCAUGCAGACCCAUACAGUAAAGAGAGAGGAGCUGGAUCUACCAGAUCAAGUGUAUUUUUGUGAGAAACACAAGCAGCAGGCUGUUCCUCAGACCAAUCACAUCAGCAGCUUUGUGAUCACUGAACCUGAGGUCAUACAGGGUGAUGGGCUGCUCGAGGAGAAGCAGGACAGGUUUGUGGGAGAAGUGGAUAUCCUGGUUACCCCGAGAGAGAUGGAGCUGAUGAGGGGUAAACCUCCAACUACCAGGAUGGUGGAGAUGGAGAUUGUAGCUCCAGGAUCAGCACCAGUGUCUCAAGUCCCUUCUCGAGCUCCUUCUAGGGCUGUCUCCACCCCUCCGGUAGUGCUGAGGAAUGGAGCGCCCUUGGAACAGAAUGGAACAGGCAUGGUUGGGUAUCAAAGAGGGUCAACGCCUUCUUCUCAAACUCCAGUACAGGUGCAGAGGAGGAGUGCUUUGGAACAGGUGGAGAAUUGGGUUAAAGUGCAGAAAGAAGAGCACCGGGGAUUUGUUUCUACUGAUGGCACUAUACCACGUCGGACCCCUCCCAUUCAUCCGAAGUAUGGCACAAUGGAGAAGUACCAAUCUUUACCUAAGACCUCACGGCUAAGCCCACCUAGCGUCCAGCGUCAGGUGCCCAGUGAAUACAAAUACUCCCAUGACCGGCUUCAUCACUUCCAAAUGACCCUUGGCCACAGCCACCGACCCCCGACGCAAGACAAUACCGUGUGGCAGCUCUAUGAAUGGCAACAGAGACAGCAAUAUCGCCACGGCAGCCCCACCGCCCCCAUAUACACCCCAGCUCCAGACUACUCCACUGCUGUAUCCUCCACCAGGGUCAACUCCGAUGUUUCUCGCUGCAUUUCUGUGCCUCCGAUUCUGGCAGACAUUGCUCCACCCGGGCCUCCUGGGCCCAGGCUGCUGUCUCCUCGGAGACCCCACACACCCGCAGAACGUGUUACAGUCAAACCUCUUGAGGACAGGCCAACUGUGGAGGUGCCACCGUCAAACUGUCCUCACCGGACACACUCAUAUAAGUCUGCCACAAUAGAGAGACGCUCAGUGCCACCAUCUGGCUACAUCACACACACAGUCAGUGCACCCAGCCUUCAUGGAAAAACACCGGAGGAGCUUACCCUUCUCCUCAUCCAGUUACGGAGACACCAGGCCAUGAUGGCGGGUGUGCGCAAUGAUGCACUGGCCCACCUCCAGCAGUUGACUCGGGUGAAGGCUGAUGAUACAUGUAUGCAUUUGAAGAAGGACCUGGAAUAUUUAGAUCUAAAGGUGAGUGAGACAGGGACUCUGAAAGGACGGCCAGCCAAACCAGUGAAAGUGGCAGAAAGUGACAUUGAUGUGACACUGAGCCGACUGUGCGAACAGGACAAAACCCUGCAAGAGCUUGAGUUCAGGCUUAGUGGUCUGAAGGAUGAUAAGGACAAGCUGGAGUCCGUUCUGGAUGUGUCUCACCAGCAGAUGGAGCAGUACCAGGAUCAGCCAUCUCAUGCUGAGAAGAUCGCCUUCCAACAGCGUCUCCUACAGGAGGACCUGGUCCAUAUUCGAGCAGACAUUUCUAGAGUGUCAACGGAGAUGGAGAGAGCAUGGGAGGAGUAUAGCAGACUCGAGCAGUCAGUGGAACAGCUGAGAGAUGUCCUGCAGUCUCAGAUGAAUCUCUGCACAUCACCUCAGGAGAAAGCUCAGUUGAGGAGGGAGCUCUGGAGGAUAGAGGAUGUGAUGACUGGACUCAGUUCCACCAAAGAAACCUUUAAAAUCACCAUAGACUCAGUGAAAGACCCAGAGAGAAAACUUGUGCCUUCAGUAACAGAGUCAACAGUGCCUUCUCGGUGCAUGACCCCAGCAGCUGGUGAGAUGCGGUCACCCAUACGCAGUCUUACCUCCAGUCCGUUAUCACUGUCCCUGGACAAUAAAGCUACCCUGCAGCAUCCUCAAGCUGUGCCAAAAUGGGAAGAGGAUCCUGCUCCUCCCAGACCGCCCUUGCCCCUCCUCUAUGAUGAGGACACACCCCCUGUUGUCCCUCCCCUUCCUAAAGAAACAUCGGUCAUCAGACACACGUCUGUUCGUGGCCUUAAGCGACAAUCUGAUGAGAGGAAACGUGACCGGGAGAGCAACUACAUUAACGGAGAUUGCAUGGUGGAACUACGGUCCUUCCUAAGUGAACCAGAGCUUCCUGGAAGUGACUGUGGAUCAGAUCAGGUGGACCCAGGCUACCUGACCCUCCAAAGAAGAGGUCUGUCAGGCUCCUUGUCCAGGAUAAACCAGUCCAGCAGUGUGGCCUCCUGCUCACUGAGGAGAGGAGAUUCAGCAUUACACACAAUGGAGAGACCAAAGAGUGCCUUGGAGCGGCUGUGCUCAGGAGAGCAUCAGCCUGAUCAUCAGCUGCCGCAGAGAGGGAGGAUGAGUGUGGAGGAGCAGCUGGAGAGGAUGAAACGGCACCAGAAAGCUUUAGUGCGCGAGCGCAAACGUUAUUUGUGUCAGGGUGAGCGACAGUCCACCUGCUCCCGCUCCUCCACUCGAACGGUCAACUCUGACCCAGGAUUAGUACGUUACUCCCUACCCAAUAAACACAGGGACCCUUGCUUUGCCCCUCCCCCAUAAGGCCAUGAAUCACAUAGAGCUAACAUGCUAACACACCUUUACCCCAUGAACAAAGCACAGCUUUGCAUUAAUAGGCUGUGGGUGCGCAGGGCCAUAAUGAAGGCUUAGGUAUUGCACUGGACUCCUGGCUUCUCCUGCACAGACUUGUGAAUAUAUUUGAAUGUGAAUAAAAAGGAUAACCCUUUCCCUGACUGCCUUCUCCCAAUAUGGAUCUGAAAAAAAAAUGUUAUGCCUGUCUUGUCAAAGGUUAAUUACUAAUUUAUUUAUUAAAUAAUUUAAAUAUAUUUUCUGAGAUCAUUUGUAUAAGUUAUAUUUUGUAUGAAGAUAUUAUGGUGGAAAGAAUUGACCCUGUUGCCUCAGAUUAACAACAUUAAUUGUUGAUAAUUAACUGGGUAUGAAGGUAUUUUUGUGUGCAAUCAAUCUUAAUCAUCUCAUUCUUAAUAAUUCAUAAUCUCCUACAAGGAACAAAUCAAGUUAAGUGCCUCUUUAUUCUGACCUGAGUAUCACAAUCAGAAACAUCCUGCUUCAUCUGAAACUCUCUGAGACUCAUUUUAAAUGUUACUAUUGCCCAAAAUGUGUUCAGAUAUUUUUAUAGUCAAUUGGACUUGUCAUUUUUAACAACUGUUGUAGAUAUUGUAAAUCAUUAUUUGUUUGCUAAUUUUAGCAAAUGGUAUUCAAGUAGGACCAUCAUGUCUUGAUUAGCAAUCUUAUGAUGAAUCGGGUCAUUUAGAUUUGGCCCAAUCAGCAAUGUUUAACCAUGUUUUCCUUUUUUUUUACAUAAUACAUUCAUUCAUUUGGAAGAAAAUUGUAUCCAAACUUAUUGUACAUUCAAGGUAUAUAUUUAUUGGAAUCAACCCCAUGACCUUGUUGUUGCUAGAACAAUUAAUCAGUGUAAUUACCUGACGUCUCUCCUUAUCAUUCAUACUGUAUAUCGCCUUUGUCUUUUUUAAAUUAUGCUGCAUUCAAUGGUAUUUCUGUCACUCCUUUUCUCUAAUCCAAGACUUCACUGACUUCAGCAAUUGAUUACAGUAUGUCAAUGUUGGGAUCUGCUUCAAUUCCAUUCAAACACUUAAUCCAAUUAAAACCAAUGCAAUACUCAGUUCAGAGCUAAAUGGAACAGCUUUUUGUAAGAGAGAUUUGUAAGUCAUGCUGCCAAGCCAUUUUUUUAUUCAUGAGACUAUUAACAAUGAUAAUAUUAAAAUCUUUUGUAAAAAGAACAUGGUCAUGGUUUUUGUCAGUCACUUAUAGCUGUAAUGUCUGACAAACAGACACGAAAACAAAAAAACAGCUCAGCAAUAGUUAAAAUAACAAAUGAUUGCAUUGAAAAAUAUUCAAUCAUUCUCAAGUCUGAAAAUCUUUGUGAUAUUUUUAGUUUCACUAAUAGCUGCUAAUGAGAGUGGUGAAACCUUUCGUUUACUUUUAGAAUUGUUUUAGAAGACCCCAUGCAAUCCAUGAGUCUGUUAAUCUCAAAUUGUGAAACUCACAUUUUAAAACCAUCUUGAUACUAGUGUACUCCUGAAGUUUACUAAAUUUACUUUCAGCAUUUAAAAUGUCUUUCUCUUCUGGGAAAACAAACUAAAAUAUUGAUGACUCAUCUUACACUCAUGUAUGGCAUGUAUGUCCAAUAAAAUGCUCGACAAUGAGCAAUAGCAAGUUGCAAAUCAUGGAUCUCAGUUUCAAUGUAAAAAUAUCUAUUGGCUAUUUAACCAUUUCAUAUGUACUGUCACACAUAUGUGAUGGUUAAUAACUGGGCCCUGCAGUGUAGCCUCACACAUAUGUGUUUCUGCUACAGCCAGUUAUUUUACAAGCUGCCAGAUUGAAAUCAGCUUUCGCUCUGACACAGACUUCGCUGGUCAAGUGCCUAUAAUUUAUAUUCAUUCAAACAUGGAAUCUUUUAAACUACAAAAUAAAUGUUUAUAUACAUACAUUCAACUAAUCACCAAAGUACCACAGAAAAAAAGUGUACAGCUCUUCUAGGCACAGUUAAUACAUCAAGCGCAAUCUUCCCCCGAUGCGUGCUGCCAUUUGUUUACAUUAGUAGUGUUUGUCAUUCAUCAAACAAGCAGCCUGUCUUUUCAAACACAUAAUAUGUUUAUUUUAUGUAACAAACAGCCAAAUUGUCAACAAAGUACCACAAUAACAGUCCACAGCAUGUAUAUGCACAGCCAUCGUAUCUAAACAUGAUUUUCCCAUGCACGCAGCCACGCCUGCUGAUUAGGUGCAGAUGCGGUUUUCAUUCACACAAACAGCAACUCAAACAUUCUUUUUAGGAAUAUACAUUUGUUUUGUAAAACAGACAGCCCAUCUAUCUCAAAAGCACCUCGAUAACAGUUUAAAACUCGUAUACUCACAAUGAAAACAUGCUGAUUGAGCACGAUUUUCCAAUGCAUGCAGCCAAGUCUGUUUACAUUAGUGCUUGUCACACAUAUGCACACAAUGUCUGAGAUGUCAAACAUUGCAUAGGCAAACCGGACUGCUGAUAUUAUUUGUUCAUUUGUUUUUUAUAGCUACAUAAAAACAAAAUAAAUAAAACAAAAACAGUACAGCAAACAUAACCCAUUUGUUCACAGGUUUACUAUAGUUUUAUGACAAGAAAUCAAAAAAUGUAAAUAAAAUCAAAAAAAUACUAGUC